UAUAUAAGAAAGCUUCUUUUUGUAUCGGCAAUGCAAAGCCUAAGUUGCUCAAGUGACGUUGUGCAGCUUGAUCUAACAUCACUACCACCACCUUCUUCCUCUUCCUCCAACAGCACCCCCAUGAGCGCCACCACAACCACAACAACCGCCAUCAGCGGCUGUCUCUCCAUUGAUGAGGACGAGCCUACGGAGACUCGACUCAGGAGGAUGAUCUCUGAGCACCCCGUCAUCAUCUUCGGCCAAUCGUCUUGUUGCAUGUGUCACGUCAUGAAAAAGCUUUUGGCCACCAUCGGGGUUCACCCUACUGUCAUUGAACUCGAUGAACGUGAGAUGGCUUACCUCCCUCCGCCGCCGUCGCCUGCUCAAUAUAGUGUCUCCCCUCGGAUCCCUUCCCCCGCAGUGUUCAUCGGUGGAACCGGCAUCGGCGGGCUAGAAUCCCUCAUGGCUCUUCACCUCAGUGGGCACCUCGUUCCAAAGCUCGUCGAAGUUGGUUCUUUCUGGGUAUGA